AUGGUUGCUUGGGCGUUGUUGAAAUUACCCAACUACCUGCUUCGAAAAUUCUCCUUAGAUAUCAUGGAUAAUAUUCCUUUGGCUCAAUGCAAGGGAAAAUGUAUUUUUGUUAAGAAAUUGUUGGACCAUUGGGGUUCGAAUCUUGAACUUGUCAGGGUUAACAAAGUCAGUGUUGCAGAGAGGACAGCGUUAUUGACAGUUGACCUUUUUUAUGAUCAAAUUGAUGAUCUCGAUGAAGCGAUGCGGCAAGAGAUAGAGAGCUUAGUGCAGUGGGUAAAGUCAAAUAUUACCAAGUAUCCCAAACUCAGGUAUUUUGUCUUUUAUACAUAUCAGUUUGUGAUAGAUAGGAAUGGGGAAGAAUGUCAGUGGAUUCAAUUAACUGGGAAUCAGCAAUGA